CGAUCGCUCCGGCCCCCGUGUUCGGGCGGCGAGGGGGAAGGGAAGGAGAGGGAGCCGCCCCGAGGGAAUCUCGCGAGAGGCGUUCUUUCUCUCCGCGCCCCGCCCCCUCCUCACGGCAGGACGGGAUCUUUCGAGAUCUCUCCCCCUCCCUCGAGAGGAGGCUGCCGGAGCCGCUGCUCAUUUAAACGGGCUGCGUCGGCUGCGUCCGCACUAGUGAGGCGCGGGCGCCGGUCGGGACCGAGCCAGACCCUUGCGGAGCUCCUCAGCCUUUGCCCGGCGCCCUCCUCAGCCCCUCCGGCCGCAGCAUGUCGGUGGUGGGCAUCGAUCUGGGCUUCCAGAGCUGCUAUGUAGCCGUGGCCCGGGCCGGAGGCAUCGAGACCGUCGCCAACGAGUACAGCGACCGCAGCACCCCAUCGUGUGUAGCUUUUGGUCCCAAGAAUCGUUCAAUUGGAGCUGCAGCUAAAAGCCAGGUCAUUUCAAAUGCAAAGAAUACUGUACAAGGCUUUAAAAGAUUUCAUGGCCGUGCAUUCUCAGAUCCUUUUAUUCAAGAUGAAAAAAACAACCUGGCAUAUGAACUUGUCCAGCUGCCAACAGGCUUAGCUGGCAUCAAGGUUAUGUAUAUGGAAGAAGAACGAAACUUCACUAUUGAGCAAGUGACAGGAAUGCUCCUCACCAAACUAAAAGAAACUGCUGAGAAUGCACUUAAGAAGCCUGUAGUUGACUGUGUUGUUUCUGUUCCAUGUUUCUAUACAGAUGCAGAGAGGAGAUCUGUGAUGGAUGCUACGCAGAUUGCUGGCCUCAACUGCUUGCGGCUAAUAAAUGAAACUACUUCAGUUGCUCUUGCAUAUGGAAUCUAUAAACAAGACCUACCUGCCUUAGAAGAGAAGCCAAGAAAUGUUGUUUUUGUUGACAUGGGACAGUCUGCAUAUCAAGUAGCAGUAUGUUCAUUCAACAAAGGAAAACUGAAAGUUCUUGCUACAGCCUUUGAUACCACACUUGGUGGCAGGAAAUUUGAUGAAAUGUUAGUUAAUUAUUUUUGUGAAGAAUUUGGGAAAAAAUAUAAAUUAGACAUCAAAUCAAAGAUUCGUGCGUUGCUGAGACUAUUUCAGGAGUGUGAGAAACUGAAGAAGCUGAUGAGUGCUAAUGCCUCUGAUCUCCCAAUGAACAUAGAAUGCUUCAUGAAUGAUAUUGAUGUUUCUGGAACUAUGAACAGGGGCAAAUUUUUAGAGAUGUGUGACAGUCUUUUAGCUAGAGUAGAACCGCCUCUUCGCAGUGUUCUGGAACAAGCUAAGUUAAAAAAGGAGGAUAUUUAUGCGGUAGAAAUAGUUGGUGGUGCUACAAGAAUCCCUGCUGUAAAGGAGAGGAUCAGUAAAUUUUUCGGUAAGGAAGUCAGUACAACUUUGAAUGCAGAUGAGGCUGUUGCACGAGGAUGUGCAUUGCAGUGUGCUAUUUUGUCCCCGGCUUUCAAAGUGAGAGAAUUUUCUAUCACAGAUUUGGUACCAUAUCCUAUUUCUUUAAGAUGGAAUUCACCAGCAGAGGAAGGGUUAAGUAACUGUGAAGUUUUCCCCAAGAAUCAUGCAGCUCCAUUCUCCAAGGUCCUCUCAUUCUUCAGAAAGGAGCCUUUCACUCUUGAGGCCUACUAUACUUCUCCUAAGGAAUUGCCUUACCCAGAUCCUACUAUAGCUCAUUUUUUGGUUCAAAAGGUCACACCGCAAACAGAUGGAUCCAGUUCAAAAGUGAAAGUCAAAGUCAGAGUAAAUAUCCAUGGUAUUUUCAGUGUUUCCAGUGCAUCUUUAGUAGAAGUUCACAAAUCUGAUGAGAAUGAAGAGCCCAUGGAAACAGAUCAGAAAGAGGAAGAGAAGAUGCAAAUAGACCAGGAAGAGCAACAAAAGAAUGAAGAGCAGCAGCAAGCACGAACUGACAAGCCAGAGUCUGAAGAAAUGGAGACAUCUCAAGCUGGAUCAAAAGACAAGAAAAUGGAUCAACCUCCUCAAGCCAAGAAGGCUAAAGUGAAAACUAGUACAGUGGACCUUCCCAUUGAGAAUCAACUGCUGUGGCAGAUAGGGAAGGAUAUACUGAACUUAUUCAUUGAGAAUGAGGGUAAAAUGAUAAUGCAGGAUAAACUGGAGAAAGAGCGUAAUGAUGCCAAGAAUGCAGUAGAGGAAUAUGUGUAUGAUAUGAGAGACAAGCUCUGUGGCUUAUAUGAAAAAUUUGUUAAUGAAGAUGAUAGAAAUAGUUUCACUUUGAAACUAGAAGACACUGAAAAUUGGCUGUAUGAAGAUGGUGAAGACCAACCCAAACAAGUUUACAUUGAUAAACUAACAGAACUUAAGACUCUGGGUCAGCCUAUUCAGGCACGGUUUCAAGAAUCGGAGGAAAGACCAAAAGCAUUUGAGGAUCUGGGGAAGCAAAUACAACAGUAUAUGAAAAUUAUUCAUGCAUUCAAAACAAAGGACGAUCAGUAUGACCAUUUAGAUGCAGCAGACAUGAUAAAAGUGGAGAAGAGUGUAAGUGAAGCUAUGGAAUGGAUGAACAAUAAACUUAAUCUUCAGAAUAAGAGAAGUCUUGCUUUGGAUCCUCUUAUAAAGACUAAGGAUAUACACGCUAAAACUAAAGAAUUGACAGAUACCUGCAAUCCUAUAGUCACAAAACCAAAACCCAAGGUAGAAGUCCCUAAAGAGGAGCAAAAUCCAGCUGAACAGAAUGGACCAGUAGAAGGCCAGGGAGAUGCCAACGUAGGGGCCCAGCCUGCUGAAGAGAGCACUAAUACCACUGCUCCAACAGCUACAGAAAAAAAACUUCCAGAAAUGGACAUUGACUGAAUGUCAGCACUUGUUUAUAUUACAAACUACAAUAAAGCUUUAAAUGGUCAACUUCA